CUGUGCUGAGUGUAAUGUCAGAUUUCAUCUGUGGAGGAACUGAGAGGAAGGACAGUCAUGAGAAGCAGUCCUUCAGGAACACCAGUCUGAGAAACAACAAGAUUCUGCUCAGGUCAUUUCCUGGUGAUAAUCAAUGAUCCAGUACAACUGUUCGUCUCCAGACUCGCUGUACGCAGCUGUGAAUGCAUCAUGGUGCUCCACCAGAGAGGACGAGUGUCACAUCAGAACGGUGAACCAGUCUGACCUCUGUCUGAGCCGCAGUGCUUUCCUGGAGAAGAACCUGGGCCCUUGCCGUUCACCAUUCUUCCUGCCUAUGUGCGUCACCUACCUGCUCAUCUUUGUAGUCGGCGUGCUGGGCAACAGCCUGACUUGUAUAGUCAUCGCCCGUCACCGUGUGAUGCGCACAACCACAAACUACUACCUGUUCAGCUUGGCCAUUUCUGACCUCCUCGUGCUGUUGCUUGGUCUCCCGCUGGAGCUUUAUGAACUCUGGAGCAACUAUCCCUUUCUGUUUGGCAUCGCUGGCUGCUACUUCAAAACCUGCCUGUUCGAGACGGUCUGCUUUGCCUCUGUGCUAAACGUGACCGCCUUGAGCGUUGAGCGCUACAGAGCAGUGGUGCAUCCUCUGCAGGCCAAACACAUGGCGACGCACGCUCAUGCCAAGCGCGUUAUCCUUGUGCUAUGGGCUGUCUCACUCUUGUGUGCCUUGCCCAACACCAGUCUGCAUGGUGUGGAUAUGUUAAAACCCCGUUUUGGACUCACUUUCCCCGAUUCGAGUGUGUGUACCCUGGUGCAUGAUAGGUGGAUCUACAACUGGCUGGUGCAGGUGACGGCUCUGCUGUUCUUCCUCCUGCCGAUGCUGACCAUCACUGUCCUGUAUGUGCUGAUCGGCCUGCAGCUGCAUCGAGAACGCCAGUGUUUUGAUUCACAGAUUGGGCUCAAUCAAGAUGGGGUAAAUCAGAGGGCACGCCAUGGGCAAGUCACAAAAAUGCUCUGUGCAUUGGUGAUUGUGUUUGGAAUCUGCUGGGCCCCGUUUCACAUCGAUCGUGUCAUGUGGAGCUACAUUGAUGAAUGGACUGCAGAGAACCACUAUGUCUUUCAGUAUGUGCAUCUUCUUUCUGGAGUCUUCUUCUAUUUGAGCUCAGUGGUCAAUCCCAUCUUGUAUAACCUCAUGUCUUCACGCUUCAGAGAAAUGUUCCGUGAUGUGGUGUGUCAAAAAGACCGUCGUAAGCUCUCAAUAAGUAAGGUCACAUUACGUAGUGUUGUUUCUGCCUAUGUUCCUGCCUCCAAUUCUGUCUCUUUUUCUGUAAAAUUCAACCCUCGUGGGCUGCCACACACUCUCUAGAAAAAAGGGAGUAUUCCACUCAAGUUAUUUUAUACAAAUACUACAUCACUUAUAGCUGCGCUGUCAAAGUAUUCAAUACUGUAUAUAAAGUUAA